AUGAACCAUUUAAUUUUUCUUUCUUUUUUCCUUUUAUCGUGCAUAGCCCAUCUUUCCAGAUGUUCAGAUAAUAACACUUACUCUUUUGAAAUUGUGAAUAGAUCUACGUGGUUAAAUAUAGCAGAGAGAAUAUUCAAAGGAAACGCUCCAUUUAAUUUUACUAUUAUUCCAUAUAAUUAUGUAAAUAAUUCUACAAAAGAAAAUAAUAAUAAUAAAGACUCCGUUUUAUUAAUAAGCAAAAAUUUAAAAGAUUCCUCUAAUCCAGUUGAUGAAAAUAGUCAUAUAAUUGACAGUACUACAAAAGCUAACACAUCAAAUAAUAAUAAUAAUAAUAAUAAUAUUGUUGGUAUAUACGAAUCAGAAGUACGUGAAGAAAAGAUAAAAGAAGAUAAUACACAACAGGGCAAUAUACUUAAAAAAGAAAACGAGAUUAUAAAUAGUGAUCAGCAAGUACCUGUAUCAAAUAUUUUUUCAAAAAAUAUUGAUAAUAAAAAUAAUUACAUUGAAUCAAAUUAUAUGAGCAGUCAUAAUACGAAUAACCCAGAGUUGAUUCAUUCCACCGAUUUUAUUGGUUCGAAUAAUAAUCAUACAUUUAAUUUUCUUUCUCGAUAUAACAGUAUAUUAAAUAAUAUGCAAGGAAGUGGAAAGGUUUCAGGUAGCGUACCUGAAUUUAAGGCCAGAAUUUUUUCAGAAGAAGAAACUAGUGAAUUAGGAUCAGGAGAAAAAUAUCAUGAUAAUGCAUUAAAUCCUAAUGAACCAUGUGAUCAAGUUAUAAAAUUAGGAGAUAUUAUAAAUAGUAUAAAUGAAAAAACUUUAACUAUAAAUUCAAAGACAAAUAAUGUAUUAUGUAUAAAUCUAGAUUCAGUAAGUGGAAAUGGAUUUGUAUGGUCUUUAUUAGGAGUGCAUAAACAGAAGCCAUUAAUAGAUCCAUCUAAUUUUCCUACUAAAAGAGUAACACAAUCAUAUGUUAGUCAAGAUAUUACAGUAACGAAUCCAGUGCCCUUACCAAAAAAUUCUAAUUCAAACAAAAGUGAUUCAAUAAAUAAUUCAAAAGAAGGAAGUUACAAUAACACAACAAGUAAUAAUUAUCCUAAGGCAACAGAACAGCUUGUUGGGGGCUCAUCCAUGUUGAUAAGUAAAAUUAAGCCUCACAAACCUGGACAUUAUUUUAUAGUCUAUGCAUAUUAUAGACCUUUUGAUCCAACAAGAGACACAAACACAAGAAUUAUUGAGUUAAACGUGCAAUAA